UUAGAAUGCCCUAAAAUUUAAUGAAUAUUUUCAAUUUCUGAUUUGAUAUUUUUUUUAGGAUUCAACACAAGAUGUAUUUCGUAGUUUUUUGGGAUAAAACGUCUGCAAUCGUACCUGCAUCAUGGGUAGAUUCAGAAUCUCGAACUUUCAAGUGGCCGAAAACAAAAAAUCCUACCUUACUAAUUAUUCGAGCUGAUAACCCUAAAGAUAAUUGGAUCACUUAUAAUUAUGUUCAACUCUGUGGUCCAUUUGGCAUAUGACGAAGCGCGUGAAUUCGAAUUAGAUGCCCUAAAUCUGUCUACAAAUGAUGAUGAAGGUUUUGCUGCUAUUAAAACAAAUAAAAAAUUAGAAAUUGUAGAUAAAGGAAAAAGAAACUGCAAUAAACAUUUACGCUCUUGUGAUACAGAAGAUGAAUCGACGCCUAUACAAAAAAAAACUAAAAGUAGAAAGAAGAUAAUAUCAUCGUCAAGUUCUUCUGAUAAUGAGGAUAGCGGAAUAAAUAAUAUACCAAUGCCACCUGCCACGUACGUGAGCCAAAAGGAUCAGCAACCACCACCAACAUUUAAAACUCCUAUAUCAUUACUUGAGCCGUAAAAGUAUUUGUAAUUUUAAUAAUAAGAUUAUUUAUAUUGGUAUGUAAUAUCGUUACUAUUCAUUGUGUUAUCAAAUAAACAAUAAUUAAACCUAUUUUCCAUGUCAAUUUUAAUUUUACACUAGCC